AUGCACCCAAGAUGGAAUAUUGCACCUACCACCUCCAAUGUACCACAUGCAGAAGACAUGACCAAACAGAUGGAACUAAUCUGGGAUGAAGUCAAGGCCUCCAUGGAGUUCCACAAAGCAAAGGAAAAGGCACCCAGACAGGAAUACAAAGUAGGAGAUGAAGUGUGGCUAAUGACCACCAACAUCCAAACAAAGAGACCUGCAAAGAAACUGGACAACAAAAAAGCUGGACCUUUCACUAUCACUGAAAAGAUCUCAUCCCAUGCUUACAGACUAGACCUUCCUAACACCAUAAAAGUCCACAAUGUCUUCCAUCUCAACCUCCUGGCUCCCUUCAAAGAGGACACUGACUUCUACAGAAGACAAGUGAAACCUCCCCCCAUCAUAACAGAGGAAGGAGAAGAGGAGUAUGAAGUGGAAAAGAUUGUGGCAUGGAGACAGGACAAAGAAGGGCUGAGAUAUCAGGUCAGAUGGAAAGGAUAUGAUGAGCUAGAGGAUACCAUGGAGAGGGCUGAAAAGAUUGCCCAACUGCCUGACAUCAUGGAGAGAUUCAAAAAGGAGUUCCCUAAUGGGCCUCUACCUACUGAAAUCAAAACCCCAGGAAAGAAAAAGAAGACAAUAAAGGGGAAAUCUGCUUAUUUGUGUGUGUCUCACUCUAACAGAUAUGCACCUCUUCAAGUCCCCUAA